AGCUAUAAAUAUACAUAUUCUGUAUAAUCGUCAGUGAUUCUGAAUGAAUCUCAAGGCAUUUGCCGUAAAACUGUACUCUGAUGAGGUGAUCAAUCUUAAUCAAACUCUAUUUUAAUCAACGCUGGGACUAAAAAUAUAGCAAAAUGAGUGAAGUUAAUUUAGCAGCCAUGGCUGAUGCCGACAAGCACAAAAAGGAGUUCAAGUCACCAACGCCGAUGCAAGAGAUGGACAUAGCCCUCAAGGAGUGCAAAUUCGGCCUUUUCCACGUUCGGCUACUUUUCACGGCCUUCAUAGCGUUCAUAGCUAAUGUACUUGUGACGACGUCUUCGGCCUAUCUCCUUCCUACUGCUGAGUGCGAUCUGGGCAUGGGAUUGGUACAUAAAGGGAUAUUGAACGCUAUGCCGUAUGUUGGUAUGCUCCUAUCAGGCAUAUUCGGUGGGUUCCUAACAGACACGUUUGGCAGGAGACUAUUCCUUAUUCUGGGGUACGGAGGCACAUUCGCCUCGACUGUCCUCGCGGCUAGCAGUCAAACUUACGAAGUUCUUAUCACUGCCAAGUUCUUCGAAGGAUUGUUUUUCGCGGUAUCCUUCAGCCCGACCAUCUCGUACACGUCGGAGUUCUGCCACAGCAAGAUUCGCGACCGCGUCAUGCUGUUCCAGUCCUCCUUCAUCGCCAUGGCACAGGUCAUCAUCGCGGUCAUGUCCUGGCAGCUGCUUAUCCAGGAUUGGACGAUCACACUGUUUAAUGGGUAUUUAGAGUUCAACAAUUGGAACAUCUACUUGUCCAUCUGUUCGCUCUGGUCCCUGGGGGCUACGAUUCUCUACGCGCUGCUGCCAGAGAGCCCCAAGUACUUGCUCUCUCAGAGGAAGUACGACGAAGCGAGAGCCGUGCUCGUCAGGAUGUAUGUGGAGAAUACGAGGAAACCGGCCGACACUUACCCGUGCGGCUCCCUAUGGCAGAAGCAAGCAGAAGAUGUCCUCCACGAGGCAGACGAGCACCCUGAGCAGACUGGCCUGAGGCACCAGAUCGUGACUGGUCUCCACAACAUCAAGCCGAUGUUCCAGAAGCCUCUAUUGGCCACGCUGGCUCUGCUGUGCAGCACCCUGUUCCUUUCUAUGGCCAUGUACAACAUUAUACGGUUGUGGUUCCCGCAACUGUCAACUAUUAUCGAACAUUCUGGUAUGGACUCGAACAGUACGGGGCAAGAUCUCUGCGUAUUGCUAGACAAUUAUACGCAAGGGCUGAAAGAUCAGGCUCUGACUAACCCUGCUGGGGCCAACCAUGUGUGCACAGGGAAACCCAGUGGCACUGAAACGUACAUAAACAGCAUUAUUCUGGGCUCAGUGUGUGUAAUACCGUACCUCAUAAGUGGUAUCCUGGUAAACAAAGUGGGCAAGAAGAACAUGAUGUUUUGUUCGGCUGUCAUCGCGAUUGGCGUGACCUUGGGCUUGCGAUAUUCCAAUACCAAGCCCUUAGUUGUAGCACUGUUUUCCAUUGACACCGCUAUUCUGCAAAUCAUGCUGAGUUUAUCGCAAGCUUUUGUGAUAGAGUUCUUCCCUACGACUAUGAGAACCCUGGCAAUAGCGAUCCUGAUGAUGGUCGGUCGUAUCGGCACGCUUCUAGGGAACGUCGCUUUCCCCAUACUGCUGAAUAUGGGAUGUGUCAUCCCUUUCUUCUCUAUGGCGGGGGUUUUGUGUGUGGUGACGGUGGUGGUAGUCUUCUUGCCGUCGAAGAAAACGUAAACUACUCAAGUA